AUGACAGCUACAUUUUCAACGCAAGCCAAACAAAGUGACACACAUGCACGGAUUUCUGACAUUUGCGGCAUCCAAGCUUCAAGAUUUGUUCAAGCCAUCUUUUCAACAAUAUCUGGAGGAUUGCUUCUAAUCUUUGACUGCUUUAUAAUCUACAUCGCGUUGUACUUCAUUUCAUCGCUCGACAUUCUUCUGGAUUGCAUCAGAAGCUUGGAUGACUCUUCAACGUUGCAGAAGGAAAAGGAUUUGCUGCUUUACAUUCACUUCUACCAUCUGAAGAUCAUCCGAAAUCUUCGACUCUUCAGCAACUUGCUCUACUACGUUUUUGUCAUUCACUUGGUAACCAACCCGAUCUUCUUCUUCCUCACUUUCUACAUGAUUCAGCAAUGGGACAAUUUUCUUUUUGUCUAUGUGUUGACAUCUGCAAUGUAUUUUCAAUUCGGCAUUCUUUGUGUGUUUGGUCAGAUGAUCUUCAGCAAAACUGAGAUUAUCUUCACGGAAUUGUACUUGACGAAGUGGUAUGAAUUCUCCAAGGACAGUCAGAAGAUGCUCAAGAUGAUGAUGAUAGUGUCUCAGAGACCAUUUGGAUUCAAAGCCGCUGAAAUGUACGACAUAAAUCUUAUGAUGUUUGUCAAUGUUGUAAAGCUGGCUUUCUCUUUUUGUGCCAUUCUGUACACAUUCCUAUAA